AUGAAGCGGUCAGAAGUAAUCCAUGGCAUCUCUGUCGUUAUUGCGGGAUUCUUGGUGCAUUUGUCUUUUGGUUGCAUGUACACAAUCGGCAACAUGACGCCAUACAUUGCCUCCUACAUUAAAACAUACAUCGAUCCCGAGUUCAACAAAGGUAGUACGGUGUGGGUUUCUGCUGCGGCCUUGGCAGCCCAGGGCUUGUUUAUGCCUUUUGGGGGACUUCUCGCACCCAGGCUCGGUGUUCGCCUGGUGGUUGUAAUCGGAUGCGCGUUAAACAGUGGAAUCUACAUGUUGACCUAUUUCGCGAUUAAAAAGGGAUUCAUUUACCUCCUACUGACACAUAUUGGCUCCCUCGGACUUGGGCUGGGAUUCGCCUAUUCCGUUGUCAUGCAGGCGGCUUCAAGCUGGUUUCCCGACUACAGUGGUCUAAUCGUUGGCCUUAUCGCUGCCGGGUUCGGACUGGGUGCCUUUGUCUUCACACCGAUUCAGCAAAGAUACGUGAAUCCGAAUAACGUCGCACCGGUAGACGGGUGA